GCUAACACCGCCUGCUCUCGAGUAUUAUUGCUCGGAGUAGCGCAUCACAGGCACCCAAAUCACAUAGGAAGCGCUGUGUACAACGUUUACAAAAGCAGCUAUAAAACAGCGCAUCUCUACAGCACGCCGAACGCUCGCCCUGCUGAUCAAGACAGCUAGGCCACAAGACAGAAAAACGCCGCCGGCCACCAGCUAGGCCACAAGCAGUACCAUGCAAGACGUCGAAGAAUCCUUCCAGGAAGCCUGCGCCCAAUUCCGGACGGCCCCGGAUUUGUUUAGGGAUGAGGACCGGCUCCACUUGUAUGCGCUUUAUAAACAAGCAACCGCGGGCAAGGCCCCGGGCUACAACGCGAAGACGCCGCGACGCGCGUUAUUACGAGGCGCGGAGCUCGCCGCGUGGCGCUCCCUCCAGGACAUGCCGAGUCCGGAAGCCAAGCGUGCGUAUGCCAAGAUCGUGGCGGACAACCGCAAGAACCGCGAAACCAAGGAGCCGCAGACGCCGCGGACGCGUUCAAAGACGGCCGCUGCGGCCUGGCGCGCGGACCGCGACUUAUUAGAUGCGUCGCUCGACGGCAUGGACCCGAAGACCUUACUGGCGCAUGCUCGCAAGUUGAGGGACCGCGUCCAAACUUUGAGUGUCGGCCAUGUGAUGAGAGGAGGCGAACUCAUAAGACACCGCGAGACGCUGACGGGCCACGACUGGGCGUCGCGGUAUUUCGAGGUCGUACCUGGUUUUCUAAGGUGCUACAAGUCGCGCACGGCGCGCGAAUUGCGGCUGGAGGUACCGCUAUCACCUUCCGUAAAGGUUGUGGCCGACGACGUCUUCGACCGGAAAGAAAGAAAAAGGGCGCCGACGCCGUUCUUACUGAAAUUAUUUCUGGACAAGGCGACGAUGGGCGCGUCGUCGCGCGUCACGGAAAUUACAUUAGCCGCUCCUUCCAAGCGAGAUCGCGACGACUGGUUACAAUGCGUGAGCGCGUCGAUCGAGUUGAACGCGUCUCCCCUGGCCAUGCCAGCUCCACCAGUAGUGAAGAAGAAGAAGCGGUCCUCUACUGAAUUACUUGCCAGGACCGUGCACCGGCGCGCGCGGCCGUCAUUGUUGUCUUCCGACUCCUCGGAAGCCCAAUCUUAUGGAGGCUUCGUGAACCUGAUCGCGGUCGUCGCCGUCGUCUCGAACUCGCGCGCGCUGCUGCAGGAGUGGCACCGCAUUCCUCUUGUAAGAUCGAUCCGGGCGCACUUCGCCGAAGAAGCACCGGUGCUGACGAAGCGGGGCCGGCCCGUGCCGCCUCUACCUGUCGCUGAUAGUGUGGUGCCCUACGAGCUCGGCCUGUCAUUUAUUGCUUUAUGUCUGUGCGUCGUCCUCGCGGUGUUAGUAGAAAGGCGCGCGGCGCGCGCGCCGGGCCGCGCCGCUUCUUUUCAUUUGUUGCGCGCCCUCGUCGUAUUCUCGACGCUGGCCGUGCCGCUGGCGCUGUCUUGCUCCGGCGUCCUCACCGUCUCGCGUCGAUGGCGCGGCCACACCACCCUCAUCACCACGCAGGUGCAGCGCCGCGCCCCCGCGGCCCGUGUCCCACGCCAUCACGCUGUUGGGCGCCUGCACGGCCAUGAUGAAGCUAUUAUCUUAUGCGCACACGAAUGCGGAGCUGCGAAGGAAGUACAUCACAACCGGUGCCCAAACGAAACUGAGACGCAUCCAAUCAAGCAACGACGACCUCGACGCCGUGGCGGGCGAAGGGGAAAUCGCCCAGCCCAACGCCUACCCCGCGAACCUGCGCUUGGGCGACGCGAUGCGGUUCAUGGCGUUUCCGACACUCAUAUACCAGACGCGGUAUCCCCGCACGAGACGUAUUCGUUCAGCUUGGUUGCUGAAGCGGUGCGGCGAAUUGUUCUUGGUCGUGUCUGCCAUGUUGUUGAUCACGACGCAGUUCGUGCAUCCCACGGUCCAAAGAUCAUACGAGUCGAUCAACAACAAGGACGCCUGGUCCUUUGUCGAGCGACUCCUAGCUUUAGCGAUACCGUCGUUGUUCGUCUGGGUGCUCAUGUUCGUGGCGCUGUUUGAAUUAUGGUUGUCUAUCUUGGCAGAGUUGACAAGGUUCGGCGACCGGCAGUUCUAUAAAGACUGGUGGAACGCGCAGAAGUUCGAUGAAUAUUGGCGCUUGUGGAACCUGCCGGUGCACAACUGGCUCGUGCGGCACGUCUUCUUUCCCUGCCUGAAUUUGGGGCUGAACAAGAUGGCGGCUACUUUGGUUGUGUUCUUCGUUUCGGCAGCUCUCCAUGAAGUCUUGGUCUCGGGGCCGUGCCACGUCGCGCGGUUGUACGCCUUCGCGGGCAUGAUGGGCCAGGUGCCGUUGAUAGCUCUGACGAACGCUCUACAUGGGAGAUUGCCCUCGAAUCGCCUGGGCAACGUGCUCUUCUGGGUCGUUUUUUGCGUGGUCGGCCAGCCGAUGGCGCUGAUGCUCUACUUCCACGACACGGUGCAGUCGUCUUCAGCUGGUGCGAAGGGGUCCUUCGGGGGGGAGCUCUGAUGUGACCUGUGGACCUGCGUGUCCUCCGUCCUCG